AUGCCUUCAACCACACAUGAAGAACUGCAUCAGUCUCUCUAUCCGCGCAAGCAUAAGGGAAUAUUCUCCUCUCUGUCUCAAACUGUAAAUAGACCAGAGUACGAGGAAAAGAUUGCCCAGCGUCUCUCUGAAGCCGUCAAGAUCCCGACUGUAGUCGGCGAUGGAAUGGGCCAUAUGGGAGAGGAUCCGGAAUGGGAGAUUUUUUAUAGCUUCUCACAGUGGCUCAAGAACACAUUUGCACUUAUUUAUGAGCAUUUAACUCACACGACUGUCAAUGAACAUGCUCACCUCUUCACAUGGCAGGGAACGGACCAGAGUCUCAAGCCGCUACUCUUGAUGGCUCAUACCGAUGUCGUUCCCGUGUCAGGCUCUUGUACAGAUACAUGGACAUACGAGCCAUUUUCUGGACACUAUGAUGGGAAGUAUAUCUGGGGACGCGGUUCGGAAGACGAUAAAUCCAACGUCGUGGUCAUCCUGUCAGUCAUUGAGCUUCUGUUGGGGAUUGAUUUCAAACCGGCCAGGACGAUCAUAGUGGCACUCGGCUUUGAUGAGGAGGGAGGAGCUGAGAAGAGCUAUGGCGCUAGAUGUCUAGCUGAAAUUAUUCUGCAGCGGUAUGGUAGAAAUGGGGUCGAGUUGAUUGUCAGUCUACUUACUGCCUUUUAUCUACAACCAGCAACCGCUAAUGAGUCAUUUUCUCCUCAGUUUGAUGAAGGAAUGCCUGGCUUGGAAACUAGGUUCGGUAGAGAAUUUGCAUUGCCCGCGAAUUCCGAGAAAGGAUACCUAGAUGUUAUCAUGAGAAUUAAUACUCCUGGUGGUCACUCCCAGGAGCCACCGGCACACACGGGAAUCGGUCUUCUUGCUCAGGCUAUACAUAUCAUCGAGGACAACCCUUUGCCUCCCAAGGUCUCAGCUGAUAGCCCGGCGGUUGCUUGGCUUCGCGAUGCUGCUUUAUAUGACAAAGCAUUCCCGGACACUUUGCGAUCUGCCUUCAAAGAAAACAUAGACUCCAGUGAGAUUCUUUCCUGUAUAACGACGCAGUUUAAAGAGCUGCGAGGCUUAAUCCAGACAACCACGGCCGUGACGAUCGUGCAUGGAGGAGACAAAGUAAACUCACUACCGGAAUCCGCAUAUGCCAUGGUAAACCACCGGAUCGCGCCCCACGACUCCGUACGUAUCCUCAAGGAUCACUAUAUCUCCCUCCUGGCCCCAUGGGCAAAAAAGCACCAGCUUGCUGUUCACGCAUUCGGAGAGAAUAUCUCCCAGCCGGAGUCUGCUUUGGGCACGUUGACACUCACGUCUGACUAUGACCUCGAUCCCUCUCCGAUUUCAGAUCCCACGGACCCUCGUUUUGAGCUUCUCGCUGGUACCAUCCGGGGGAUUUUCGGGGACCAUAUCGUCGUCAGCCCGACAAUCUUGCUGGGUAAUACCGACACCAGGUAUUACUGGGAUCUAGCUACGCAGAUCUACAGGAUGAGUCCUUGGAGGGCGAGUCAUGACCCACGAGGUACUAGGAUGCAUACCGUCGAUGAGAGAAUGCCUAUUGAUGGGUUGAUGGAAGGGGUGAGGUUUUAUCUUGCAUUUAUUCUGAAUAUUGACGAAUAUAGAUAG